AUGUUCUACUUCCACUGCCCCCCGCAGCUGGAGGGCGCGGCCCCCUUCGGAGCUCACUCCGCCGGCGACUUCGACGACGGGUUCCUGCGGAGGAAGCAGCGCCGCAACCGCACCACCUUCACCCUGCAGCAGCUCGAAGCCCUGGAAGCAGUUUUUGCUCAAACCCACUACCCCGAUGUGUUCACUAGGGAAGAGCUGGCGAUGAAAAUCAACCUCACGGAGGCCAGGGUGCAGGUGUGGUUCCAAAAUCGAAGAGCUAAAUGGAGGAAAACAGAGAGGGGGGCUUCCGACCAAGAGGGCUCUAAGGAAUCAAUGGCUGAGGUGGCACCUCCUGUCAGGAAUUUAAAUUCCCCUUCUCCAGCAGAUCAAACCAGGAAUAAAAAAGAGAGUCUGGAGAUCCAGCAGAGCCUGAGUCGAGCAGUCGGUCCCACAGGACCUUUCUUCCCCUCCUGCCUGCCAGGGACUCUUCUCAACACGGCCACCUACGCACAAGCUUUAUCCCACGUCGCCUCUCUAAAAGGGAGCCCGCUGUGCUCGUGCUGCGUUCCGGACCCCAUGGGCCUCUCCUUCCUGCCCACCUAUGGCUGCCAAAGCAACCGCACCGCCAGUGUGGCCGCGCUGCGCAUGAAGGCCCGGGAGCACUCGGAGGCCGUGCUGCAGUCUGCCAACCUCCUGCCCGCUGCCGGCAGCCCCGCGCCUCCUGCCAAACCCGGCCCGGAGGGCAGCCAGGACAAGCAGCCCUCUCCAGCCAAGGAGCACAUGGAAGGGGAGAAGAGCGUAUGAGGCUGGACCGGCACCGGCCCUGCGGCUUGAGGCAAGGAACCCACCGCCAGGGCUUUGCCACCAGGGGAACUGCAGUGUGGCCGUGACCCAGCAGGACAUCACAGGGCCAACAGGGACCUGGCAAGUCUGAGUGGCCUCUCUGGCUGCCUUUCAUGCACCUCUGCUUCUCUUGUGCCGCUGUAGGUUCGUUCUCCUGAUUUAUCGGCACUAUCUGUGUUUGGAAAUACUCUUGAAACUGUUUUUAGCUCCUCUUCCACAUCCCAGGAAUGCUGAAAUGCCCGGGACCCUGGUUUCCUCCUGCACAUCUCAUCUCGCUCCCCAGGGCUGUGUAUCUCAGCAGCAGGGCAAACCCCAGACCUUUCUGGGGCUGUAUCCCAUGGGGGCUUGGAGCCAUCUUCACCUGGUUCUGAUCUUCCCAAAAUCAAGCAUUACCCUUUUAGGGAGCAGAGCUGCUCCUCAGGGGGCCACCACCACCAGUAGCCCACCAUGCUGCAUGAGAUGGGGGCUGGCAGCAGGGCAGCGCUGCCAGAUACAGGUUCUGGGGCAGCAGAGGCCUCCAGGCACCAUUUAGCCCCACCCUACACAGAUGAAUGAAUGUGCAGGUAUACACCAGCCUGGCCUGAUGUUUUCUGACAUCUUUUGACUUCAACCAAAUCUAUCCCAGGCAAGCCAGGUGUAAGAGAAGAAAAAAUAGAACAAAACUCUUCAUAAUUUUUCCUUUUCCCUUCCUUUCCCUGAAAGUCAAACUUUCCAUGGAGUAGAUUACUGGGAAAUUGCAGAGAUCAGCUUACCCAUGAAUAAAAUCCUUGCACUUGUCUCUAUGUGAACAUUAGUCUUGCCAUUCCCUGGGUUAGACUUAAAAGACACACAACUCCAGAGCAGCGCUCAGAGCUUCAAAUGGUAAUGCUGGCAUUUUAAUAGGGAGUGCAGUUAUGUAUAGAUCUGCACAAAGCUGGGGGUAUUUUAGUGUCUCUUGGAAAGAAAGACCUGAAAGCAAAAUCAUCCUGCAUUGCAAUACUGCAAAUAUGUCCUUGCAUGUUGUGUUUUUAAUAAAGAGGAAAUAAAGCUUGGAAGGAUAUUCCUUUUUGCCAUCCAAAAUCAGACUCUUUCAUUCACUGAAGGCUGGUUGGAAUAACUCUAGAUAUGCGUAAGUCUUAAUUAUUAUACAGUGGACACAGUGCAAAGGAGAAAUUGAUGCCUCAGGAAGUACUAUUUCAUCUCUGACCCAAAACUUCCCAAAGCAAAGUUGAGUAAGAUCAGAUGCUCCAGGGCAGGUGUUGUAAUCUGGGGUGCCCCACAUUUAUUUCAUGGGUAAUGCAGAUACAGAUUUAAGCUUGGUGAUACGGACUUGCUUUUCUCAGUUGCCUUUUGCAGAUUCCUUAGAAUUGUCCACAGAUGUCCCUGGAGAAAAGAAUGAAACCUUGAUCAAGUAAUGUGGAGGCCAGUGAAAAGAUUCCUGUCAGCUCCGAAGGUCUUCUGAGCAGGUCCUUUGUGAGAACAGUGCUCAGGUCUGUCCUGCUUCUAACAAGAAUCCAUUACAGGCCAAGGAGAGGUGGUGUUUAUCCCAGUGGUUGAUUUUGGCACAGAUCCUCUCCUAGCAGAGCCUGUAGGUUCCCAUUUAGCAUUUCAGGUCUUUUUGCCACUCCCCAUUCACGGCUGACCCCACAGGUUGUGCCAAGGACCUCCUGCAAUCCAUGGUGCACACCCUUUUGUGCUGGGUUGCGCUCAGCUUCUCACAGAGUCUGAGCUUGAUGAUGUGCUUGGAAAGACAGCCCAAAGCAAGGUUGGCAGCAAAAAUUUUGCCCCCCAUCCAAGUAAUAUCAGCCCACAAAUGUCACAGAACCUGGGACUUCUCCAGGGUUCACAGGAGCCUCUGGUGGUGCACACCUACCUUUCUCCAGGAAGGGCAUGGUGUCACAUCCCAUUCAAAGGGUGGAAGCUCUGGUCUUCAAGGGAUGGCUUGACAGCACCAAGUACCUUCAUUGUGCUGGGAGUGAAGGGUGCCAGGCAUCCCCCCAGGGUGGGAUUCAUUUCCUCUGGACACGAGCCAUCAGGGAGGGCAGCACUGCAUCUGUCCUCAGGCCCAAGUACAACAAAAACAGGGAGAGGGCCCACAUCCAUCAAAUGGAGUCAAUUUGCUUUACAUGUGUCACACUGUGUGCUUUUUUUUUCUGGCAAUCAUGAACUGUCCUAAUUGCAGAAGUGAACAUGCAGCAAUCUGUGUUCGUUUGGUGUGUUCUAGCUUCAGGAGCUGCACUGCUGAACUGUAAAUGGAGACUGUUUCCCUGACUGCAAAUUAUGGCUUAGUUUGAACGACAGCAACAACCUUUUUCUUCCACCAAAAUAAAUAGAUUGCUAUGUGCUUUGUUGCAGGGGGCAGUUGGAGAAGAGAGAAUGACUGGUUUCUUAGUGAUUGUCCCAGUCAUAAUUUGUUUUUGAGAUUUCCAUGGCCCCCAAAAAAAGAUUAGAAAAAAUAAUUCCACUCCAAAGAGGCAGGCCCAACUUCAUUUCAACAUAAUUACCUUGCAUUCAGUUGAACUUCAGCCCUUCUGUACACUAACUCUUCAAUCUAAUUGUUUGAUUAAACUCGUAUUUCCUCCAGAAAGGUACAUAAAUAAGUGAAUUGUUGAGCAAAUUAAGAAUACUUAACAGCAUUGCAUCUGAAAAGUAGUUACGCUGAUUAAAUUUUCUGUCCUUGAGGAUUUUCAGGAAAUUACUUUUGAUCGUCAAUAACACAAUUAAGUAAACUACACGCACAUUAGCAUGAAUAAUUGAUAAGAAAUUAUGUAUUACCACGAAGCACUGAUUUAAUAAUUCAUGAUGCGACACUCUAGUGACUGUGCAAAACUGGAUAACAUCGACAAGUCUGCCUGAUGUUGCUGGAAAUGCUGCAAUUACAAACAAGUCCAUAGUUUCGUUGUACAAUAAAGAAAAGUAUCUGAUGCAUGCUGUAGUUUCUGUUUGUUUAAUACAUGAAUAAAUUUAGAAAGAACACCCUGAAAAGUUCCUGUCCUGUUUUCAUUCAGAUCAAUCCCUCUGUCCAGUUGUCUCUGAUGACUGUCCAGUUCUGCUUAGACCACAGGGAUGUUGCAGAGUAAUGUUGCAGAUGUUGUCCCAGCUGCAGCCUGAGUGUCUCACAAUCUGCAAAAUAAAGGGGCUCCAAGUUUUGCAGAGCUUCCUUGUACGAGCAAAGCUGCUGUAGCCUCUCCAGAAGCUGGAGCUCAAAGCCUGUUGGACUCUUCAGUCUGUACUGUAGCUGUGAUUACAAUUGUUCAGUAUGAUUUUGUGGGUUCCACAAAGUCAGCCACAAGUGAAGCACUCAAAUUUGUACAUUUUGAGACUGCACGACACCCUGUUAAACCCUAGACCAAUUCACCAACAGGUCUUUUAGCUGCUCUGGUUGCAGAGCAGGGGCACAAGGGCAAGAGUAAAACUCAAGAGAUGUGUCUCAGUCAUGCCCUCUUCUUGCCACCAGGCCCUGCUCCUUUCCAGACACAGUGCACAGGGUGAAUGAACCACCUGCCCUCUUCCUGUGCUGUCAUAUAUCAGGGCUGUGCCACUUAAACCACUCCUGUAAUGGCCAUCUCGGUAACUCUGAUUAAGCCUGGCAUUUAAAAGUUUAUAACUCAGCUAUAAAAAGCCACUCAGGCUGAACCCCAGCGUGCGAGGCCCUAGCCCAGGGGGAUGAUUUACAUGCAGACUAUUCCGACACCAGCCUGCGUGACACUUUUUCAGUUCUGUGAUGGAAAAUUGGAAGCCCAAGGUAUGAGGGACAGAUGUAAGACAAAGAUUUUUUCGUAAUGUCUCACUGCAUUCAUCACUAGAUCCCAUGAAGUAAUUCUCAGCAUUUCCAGACAGGCAUAAGCCAGGUGCAACGUGAACAGCCUCUGUGCAAGUAUCACUUGUGUGAUUUUGGCAAAGCAUCUCCAGUCCUAGGCUCUUUCUUUCCUCAAGCAGUUGCAGACACCCACAGAGAUCAGACUUCCUCUCAUCUCUUCCCUACAUGGGCCAGCUCCCAGGUCUGCUGCCUCUGCUCCACAGUUCCAACUCUGCCCCACACACAGCUUGCAGAGCCUGUUCCCUGCAGCGCGUUGCUCUGGGUUUGUUAAUGGGGCUGGUGCAACCUGCUGGGCCUUGGGGCCUUUACGAGGCUGCAUGCCAUCCUUGCAGCCCUCCACAUGUUUUCCGCCUUGUACAUCUGUCUAGACCUCCUUAUGCCAACCCACAUUAUAGCAGGAAAUGGGAAGCAGUGAAUGCACCUUUGCUCAGUUAUGCCGUAGGCUAGUGCUUCCCAUGCUGCAUGCUGGAUAGUAAUGAGAUUGUUAGGCUAAUUGGCUCUUUAUUAAGAGUAUUAUUUACAAUGAUGCUGAAGGCCAUGUGCACGCAGAAAAAGAUCUUGGUAUACCAUCAAACUCUUCCCUCUUGCCAUCAGUGCCAUCUCCUCUGUGCUCCCUCCAGGCUGCCACCCCUGGCAAGCUGGGGAUGGCUUUCUCCCCACCUCCUGGGGGGCCACCCUGUCCCACUUCAGGGCCAAGGACAAAAGUCUGUAUCUGCAGGCAGUUUGUGCUUGCUUAAGAGAGAGCUGCAUUCACUAGGGCUGAAGUGAGGCUUUCCUACAGCUCUAAAAACCAACAUGGGGAUCUGAAGACAUGAGAGCCAAUGCUGAAUGCUGUCAAGCCCUCCUGUGCAGGCAGGGCAGCUACUCUCCCAAACUUCAGAGAGCAAAUAAAAGCCUCAGAUCAUGUCUCCUCCUCCACCACCACGCUCCCUGCCUCCCUGCAGCAGAAACCAGCCGGGGCAGUGCGGGAGGAAGUCAUUUGCUGCUGGGCGGACCACGAGGGAGCAGAGGAUGGAGAUGAAAUGCUUGUGGUGUGCUUCUGUGGCACAUUCUGCCUCUAAAGGAGCUGCCACUCGAUAAAGAUCCUGUUGCGCCUGAUUGUCCGUGCGGUGGGAGCAGCGUGUGAACCGGGGGAAGUGAGAAGCCUUGAAUUUAUACCCGAGCUUUGAGUACAUAAUUCAGACCUCUCUGCUGAAGACUCUGACACCCCUACCAUAAAUAAAAGAGCAGCCUCUGCAGUAAACAAUGCUUUAUUCUUUCCAGUUAAAAACUUCCUUUUCACUGCAGUGAAAUAUUGACUUCAGGGAACUGUGUUACCGCAAAAUACCAUCUUUUCCUGAUACCAACCAAUGAAAUUUUUACAUAGAUCUGGCCUGUGAGAAUGAAAAUCCCUUUGGCAUGUAGCAAAUCUAGUCUUAUUUGAGAGUGAUGUGUCAACAAUAUUUUAAUAAUCCAACCACAAUGUCCUUACUGCUUGCCCUGAGCUCUCUGCCAUGAGACAAGUAGGUGCUGAUCUGCUAUCUCAGACGUCUGAGCAUCAUUUUUUGGAACCGUGACAGGUCUCCUGUGGUAAACAAGUAACAGCUAAAACUCACCAGAAUCUGAAAUAUUGGCCUGCACAACUCUAUCAGUAUUUAACCCUGAUGGUUUCUUCUGCAGCCACUGCUUUUGCAAUACUGCUGUAAAAUAUGAUAAUAUUUUACAAAUAUGAUAAAAUAAUAUGAUACAUAAUAUUAUCAUAUUUAAAAUAUGAUAAUAAUAUGAAACAGAGAAGGAAAAAAAAAUACUGCCACCUGAGUCAUUUUAGCCCAGAAGAAUUCUCUCACAUGCAGAGCAACAAAAUGAAGCUCUUUUCUGCAAGCUGAAUCACUUCCAGCCCUAAUUCCCCCCCAGCUCUGUUCUGAUGGGGCUGAAAGCUGGGGCCUGGGCAAAUACAGCUCAUUAGCUGCCAAGGUCUAUUCUGGUAUACGGGUUCAUGUGUACUCUGGGCCGUGCCCUUCAGCUCAGGUUGGGACCAUGGUUUCAAGAUCUCUGCUGGUGUGGUCAGCAAGUGCAUCCUGAGAGCAGCGCUAGGAAGGCCAUCGGAAGGCAGCCCUGACACAGCCAGCCUGAGACACUGGUCCUUGGAAGCCAGGAGUAAACUUGUUUCUGAUUGCAUUGUGUUUGCUUUGUCAGGUGAACUGGUUUACCUUUUGGUUCUUCUGCUUCAGAAUUUUUGUUUAUUAAACUCCAGCAUUCGGUAUUGGCCCCAGAGACUAACACUUGCUAUAGUGGCAAAUUUAUUAGGCCUCCCCUAGCUAUUGAAUCAGCUGAGGUUUUUUAUUAUAUACACACAGCUUCUUUACACCCACAUGGUACAUGAGCCGAUGUGUUAAAUAAGAUCCAAGGGCCAUUAAAUGAAGAAGCCCAUCUCUGCAAAGAAGACUCCCCAGGAACCUGAGCUGUGCCUGUUAUAUCACAGCUGGCUCACCCUUGCUCCGUUGUGCUGGCUGAAGCCAUCAGGCUUUGGCAGAUGCUUGAGAACUGAGAUGCAAGAUGCUGAUGUGAUCACCAGUCUUUGGCACAGCAAGGGAUAGGAGUGUCCCUGGGAGUUGUUCAUUUUUAUUAGAAAUUUUUCUGUAGCACUGUGCAAGAAAUUGGCUGCUGGCAGGGAAGGAAGAUCUACAGGAGAAUGAGGCUAAUCCUCUCUCCUCCAAAUCAUUUAUCCUGUUUACAGCUAAACCUAACUGGGACUGAGUCAGGAGUUCUCCAGGUAGGAUUUCACAGUCACAGUCCAACAGGGGUCAGAAAGGAAAGUUUUAAAAUCCCACUCAGGAAGCUGAACACCUGAGGACUCCCCCUGUGGGGUUGAACCCAGGAGUCAUCCAAAUCCACGUUGCAGCUUGUUGCUCAGACUAACCAGCAGCAGCCAGGCAUUCAUCUGUGUGUAUGUGUGGGGGCAAGGUGUUAGCAAACCUCAGCUUCAUCCCUUUUUGGUGGGCUUUCCCUCUAGAGGGCUCAGGACUUGCUUUUAGAGGAGUGCACAGUGUUUGUCCCUGCCCUGCUCUGAGCCUGUGCAACACAGCUCACGGCCUGUGGCCAGGCUGGAAGGGAGGGAAGGAGGAUCAGUUCUUACUCAGCAUGUAAAUAAUUUUUUUCCAGUACAAGCCAGCCAAUGAGGAUAUCUCUUGCUAAGAGGUCUACUCUAAUAACCGCCUCCAUUCUGUGGGAGCCUUGCUGUCCCCUCAGUGAGGGCUCACAAACCACCCCUGUGUCACUCUGCUGCCCCAUGCCACGCUGCCUUGGCUGCAUUGCAGUGUCACGAGAGAAGAGAAGCAGUACGUCUGAAGAUACAGGUGACGCUGGUCGUCCCACAGAAAUGGAUCAUGAGAUCUGUGCAGAAAUUAUCUUUUGAGGUAGUGGUAGUUGGAUUCAAUAAGUUUUGUUAAAAUGUCUUAGGUCUGCUGCUCUGCACAAAUGUCAAGUGUCUAGAGAGAUGCUGAGGCUGGGAAGCUUCUUGUUUAUGGGAAACUCUGGAAACCUUCCAAUUUCUAUCCAGCUCAGAUCAAAUCAAGCUUUUUGAAAAAUAAUCCAGUGAGUUAAGAGCUAUGGUUUUGCACCAGCUGUAUGAAUCAGCUAGAUACAAAUAAAAAUGACUUCAGUGACACCAGUUCUCCUCUGUUCUACAAUACAUCAUUUGCCACACACUGUGAAAGCAGGAAAGGGAUGAGCAAACAAGAGUCAUCAUUAUUAAUUAGAUUUUAGAAUCUCAUUAAUGAGCCAGGAAAGAGGAGCCAAGGUCUUGGAGACACCUUGCUCCUACCCCCACCUCGUGGGAAGGCAACAUCGUGGUCUUGGUUCCAUAGUCUUUGUGUCUGGAACGUGUACAUGUUGCUCUGUCUAUGAUGUCACAGGCUUCCUCCUGCUCAGCCCUAUCGGGGUACAUGGCCUUGGCCUACGAGGCUGUUCCAGCACCACCCGUAGCAUGAAUGCAGGCACACAUACAAAGCCUUUGUUUUACCCCUUGGGUUACACUUAUUUAGAGGGUGGGCUUCCUGCCAUGGUACAAAGCCGAUGAAGCUCUGCUGCCUGAAGGCAUGCUUCAAGCGCAGUGUAAAUGCACGAUUGCCCUUACAUCAGCGCCACUCUCACAGCACAGAUGUGGCCAGAAGCUUUUCAAAGACCAGGCUGUUGUUUGGGCUUUUCAGAUGAGAAGCUUAAAAAUUGACAAGUCUAAACCACGUGGUUAGUGUCCUGCUGAGUACGAUCAGAUAACCUCACUUACUAUACUCCAGGGAUGCAGAUAUUGCACACCAUUAAACAUGUCUUGGAUGCCCAGAAGGAUAUAAAACCACAACCGAGUUCCUCUACCACUUGAAAACACGGUUAGUUAGCAUCAGGAAUAGCCCCCCAGCAUUAAUAACAAGAUGUCCUCACAGAGCUGGUCUCACGCAGCUGUACCCAGAGACAGGGACGGUCCAGCACAAGAGGGAGCUCCACAGGGGCUCAGCACUGGCAGCCGGCGCUGGGAGCCUUGUCUGGGCCUGGGUCGGGUGCUGUUUCCCCCUCACAUGGACAUUUUGGUGACAGCUCUUCCUCACGUCAAACUGGACCACAAAAUUAACGAAGCCAAGACAAUUUUCAGUCGAGAAAACCACAAAAUAACAAAUCAUUUUGUAUUAUUGGAAAUAUUUUAAGAGACUUGAAUGCUUUUCCUCUAGUUUCAUUUUUUUUUUUUUUUAAAUGCAUAAUUCUUAAUGAAUGCUUUCUUUAAAAUUUUAUUUCAAGCCAAAAGAAAGGUUCAGGACUGUUUACUUACACAUAUAUGUAAGCAAGUAGAAAAUGAGUCAAGAAAUUUCUCAGCUCAGAAGAGAGCAGUGGACAAACCCAAAUGUGGGCAGGAGGCCGAGGUUUGCGGCCCACAGGGCAGGUACCAAGGCAGCAGUACGAGGUACAUGUAGCUGUGUAGUUAAGCAGGGAAGUUUGCUGCUCUUAGGAAACUGUUGGGACUGGCAUGCUGUGCCAGUAGGUUCCAGGGCCAGCACUUUAGCUGGUAUUUGAUCUUGCUUGGUUUAUGUGAGGGCUCAAGUGGCUGCUGAUUUGAGAGGUUUGCCUGUCAGCCGAACUGGCGCUGGGGCCGGUCACGCUGCAGGGUUGGAGUGCUGGGGCUGAGCUCACAGCCAGGAGAGGUGUUUGUGUCUCAGGCUGGCAAGGCAGUGGCUUCAUGGAGGGGAAGGGCAGUCGCUUGUUCCUCCACCAUGCCAGACAGAAGGAUGGGGGCAUCCCAGGUACACCCCCCUCCCCCCCCAUUCCUGGAUGAGAAUAUGGAAAGAGAUAAAUAUUAUUCCUCCCUGGACAGGGGAACAUGCCCAGGGUACAUGGGAAGCCCCAGGGAAAGUGGAGCUCCCUUGGGACAGACCCUGCAAGUAACAGGACACGCAGAUCAGCAGGUGGGAGAAGGAAAGGACAGUUCAAGGCCACUGUUUAGAUCAUGUCCAGACAUUUCGUUAUAACAUAAAUACUAUAUCUAUAACUAUAUAUAGACAUGUAGACAUACCUAGAUACAUCUAUAUAUAAGCCUACAUCCAUGUAUCAAAGUAUUCUCAACAAUAAGAUUGUCUUAUCUUAUAAUGCAAUAUGAUACUCUCCUAUAAUUUCUUUCCAACUUUUCCCUGUUGGAGAAGCCAUAGCCAGCUUUGACACCAAAUAAUUCUGAAAUGUUUCCAUCCACAUUCCUUGGGAAGGGAUGCAGUCCCAGGAGACCUGAUCCAGGCAGUGCCUGCCAGCAGAAACUGAUUCUGCUAAUGGACUUUCAGCAAUCUUGGUGCAGUCACAGAAUGAGUCUCCCUUGGCCCAGAUUCAUUCCAUAUCCUCUGCAGCUUAUCAGUGCUUGGAAUAGAAGGAAGGAUCGCUGCUUAUUUGGGAGUCUGACUGUGCCAUCUGUGGUCUGCCAAUGUAAGAAAGAUCCUGAACAAGGCCACUCAGGUUUGCCUGAAGCACUCUGUGUCAUUGAUGACUACACCUGCUGUUAACUAGCAUAGCAAAAAAAGCAGGGUGCCCUUUUUUGGUGCUUUGAAUGCUGUCAUCCCCUGUGCCAGUUUUAAGAAAUUGGAGGGGCAGUUGAGAGACGAUGAGGCUCUGACUGAAUGCCAGUGGGUGGGAGUGGGUACACACUGGGAAUUCCAGAAAAAGGGAGUCUAAGUGAGCAUAAGGAAGAGUUUGGGCUGUAUAGGGCAAGACUGACUUUGACAAGCCCUGGCUUUUGAAAGUGUAUCCCAGGUUUGAACAUUUUUGGCUUUUUGCCAGAGUUCAACUUGAAAGAUUUCAAAGAUUUUCAACCCUGCAUCUCAGAGCAUAUUCCUCUUUUCCUUUCAAAGUACUUCAGGUCUCAAUAUAUUCAUCUUUGCUAGUGGACUUUGACAUGAGAAGGUGCGGAAUUUUUAGCACGGCAAGCUGCUUCCCCAAAGACUUGAGUUAAAUCUGCUUUAAUAAAAACACAGAGCUUUAAGCAAUUGGGACAUAAAUGAUUUCUCUUCUGCACUAUUGAAAUGCUGCUUUCUAAGUAUGUUGAGUAGCAUAUUAGAAACAAGUCUCUAAUUGCCCAUAGAGUACUGAAGACCUGACUACCUAAUGCAAAAAAUCAACAUCAUGAAAACUUUGAGAAUAUCAAAAAGAAGCAGGGGAAGACCACAGGUCAUUUUCAUCCAUUCCCUACCCAUUUAAACCCCAUAAUUACAUUAUUAUAUUUAAUACCAGGGGACAAUGGUGAAUAUAAGAUCAUCAUAAGACCAGAAUAAUCAGCCUAAAGACAAAAUAAAUUAAUCAUUGACCUCUGUUGUCAUAAUGGGCAUUUCACAAAAAUAAAUAAAUAAAUAAAUAAAAUUAAAGUUCAAUUUACUCAAGUGUUCCAUGUUCUUUCUGUCUCCUGUAAGGCUCUGAAACAGCGUUUCCUUAAUAAAAAUGACUGAUGAUGCACAUCAGUUUCUCCAAAUUACACAUUUGUGUGCAUUCACUAGAGCCCAUGUAGCCCAUCUCAUACAAUAUCACCAGCUUCUGAUGCAGCUUUGAGUGAGACUGAAGAUCAAACUUACAGGUCUUUAUUUUCUCAGGAAGGAAACAAAUUAUACCCCCAAAUACAGAUAUGCAAAUCUGUCAAAAUAUUUCUGGUAAAUCAUAGUAAUCUUUUCUGUUUAUGCUCUGUUAUAAUCAAAUCACAGUAACAUUUUCGUGGUCAGUGAGGACUGCUUGGCUAGUCAGGGUUCAAGGCAGGAAAGAUCUGAAUGAAAUUGCCAGUCUGGACAAGGACUGAGCUGAAACCUCUUUGAGAAGAGUCUCAGCUGUGUUUUAUAAUGCAUCAAACAAUAAGAGAAAUUGAGGAGAAAUGCAAAACCAUCACUUUGGGAGAGCGCAUAUAGUCUGGAGGAGUGGUUGGUAGUGACAAACUUGAGUUACACCAAACUAGACACCUGGUAACUUGCAGGACAGGGAGGUGUGAAAGCCUUUCUGCCUGUGGGUGGUGGCAGGAAGGCCACCUCUUCCAGAGCUGCUGGCCCGACUUCUGGCACCUCACCGCAGGGCCGAUGGCCAGGCCGCGGCCCUCAUGUGGCGGAGUGGUGGGAAAGAUGGAGGAGUGCUGGCGUGGGGUGUUCCUGCCCAGCCUCUGGCUCCCCCUCUGUAGGAGGGCUAGAAAGCAGCAGGAAGUCCUGCAAGCAGUCAUCUCCUAGACCUUUGAUUGUAUACCACACACACACACUUCUCCAUUGUCGACUGUUUCUGUGGGCAUGGCUGGAGAUAAAACUACACAGAGAUAUAAUUACAAUGAAAAAGCUGACUGGAAGUCAUUCCUGUAUUGUAAAAUAACUCCCAUUUAUUUGGUUUAUUAAUUAAUAAUGACACGUUUUCUUGGAAAAAAAUGGUUUAGGAAGUCCCUGAACACACAAGGAGAUGCUAAAAUCCACACAUGCAGGCCAUUUCAACUAAACCGCACUCUCAAACAACUGCAGCAUUUCUCAUGAGGAAAGCUGAGCUCCUGGGAGAGAGCCAUGGCUGCAGGACAGCAGUCCACAUCUGCUUUGUGACAAGGGGAGUGAAAGGUGUUGGGGCUGCCCCAGAAAGAGAAAGGUUCAAAGAGAGGUGGUUCAGGGCCAAGCUGAGGGAUACCUGUGACUCUCCCUGGGCCUGUUUGCCUCUGUCAUGCCUUCAGGGAAGAUCAGCCAUUGCAACCAAGUCUCAGAAAUGCAGCAUGCAAAAAUGGCUACUGCAAGAGAAGGGAGCAGUGAAAGCAAUGGCUCCUUACAGUCUGCUGGGCUUCCUUACACACAGAGCUACCACAGGCUCCUGCAAGGCAGAAACCAGCUUAGUUUGCCUAGACACCUUUAUUGUGUGAUUUAAUGUCAUGGUCAUUGGCAUUAUCACAGAAUCACAGAAUUGUCUAGGUUGGAAGAGACUUCAAGAUCAUCAAGUCCAAUCUCUGACCUAACACUAACAAGUCCUCCACUAAACCGCAUUGCUAAGUUCAACAUCUAAACGUCUU